AUGACAACUAGGACGCGCUCCCAGGGUCGGCGGCCGGACGCGACCAAACUCUCCAGGGACGUGGGGGCGGGGCGGAUACGGGUGGCAGGCGCUCGAGCUCCGGAGGCCGCUGGGGAGGAUGCCGACAACGAGUUCUUUGAGUUUUCCUUCCCUGAGAAUGUCUUGACUUCCCUUUCAUUCCUGGAGGUAUCUUUUGCCGAGUAUAGGAUUCUGGGUGGGCAGUUCUCCUGCAGCACCUGGGACACCAUCCCGGUGGAUUUUUCCACUCAAGCUCAUCUACCGCCUCCGCCGAAAAGCCAGAGGGUGGUGGUGAUGAUGGGCUUCCGCGAGGACCCGGAGAGAACGCCACAGGGAGACAAGGGCACAAGUAUGCGGGGCUGCGUGCCGGUUCUCCCGACAGUGGGCGCCCUCCCCCGACUGUGUGAUGUGCUCCAGGUGCUUCGGGAGGAACGGGACCAGUGCCUGCAGGAACUCUCCAAAGAGAAGCAGGGAGACCCGGGUGUGGAGCAGCCGUCCCCAGGUUGCGAGGGGCUGUGGGACAACAUGAGCUGUUGGCCCUCCUCUGCCCUGGGACAGACUGUGGAAGUGGGGUGCCCACAAUUCCUCCGGAUGCUCACAGGCAGAAACGGCUCCGUGUUUCGAAACUGCACAGAGGACGGCUGGUCAGAAGCCUUCCCUAGGCCUGACCUGGCCUGUGGGGUUAAUGUGAACGACUCAUCCAACGAGAAGCGGCACGAGUACCUGCUGAAGCUGAAGGUCAUGUACACCGUGGGCUAUAGCUCCUCCCUGGUGAUGCUCCUGGUUGCCCUCAGCGUCCUCUGUGCUUUCCGGAGGCUCCACUGCACCCGCAACUACAUCCACAUGCACCUGUUUGUGUCCUUCAUCCUGCGUGCCCUGUCCAACUUCAUCAAGGACGCGGUCCUCUUCUCUUCGGACGACGUCGCUCACUGUGAUGCCCACAGGCCUGACUUUGGAGAGGGUGGUUCCCCAGCUGUUUUUGUUGCUUUGUGGGCCAUCAGCAGGCACUUUCUGGAAGAUGUUGGGUGCUGGGACAUCAACGCCAACGAGUCCAUCUGGUGGGUCAUUCGAGGGCCUGUGAUCCUCUCCAUCCUGAUUAAUUUCAUCCUUUUUAUAAACAUCCUAAGAAUCCUGAUGAGAAAACUGAGAACCCAAGAGACAAGAGGAAAUGAAGCGAACCAUUAUAAGCGCCUGGCCAAGUCUACCCUCCUGCUGAUCCCCCUCUUCGGAGUCCACUACAUCAUCUUCGCCUUCUCCCCAGAAGAUGCCAUGGAGGUCCAGCUGUUCUUUGAAUUGGCCCUUGGCUCCUUCCAGGGCCUGGUGGUGGCCGUCCUGUACUGCUUCCUCAAUGGGGAGGUGCAGCUGGAGGUUCAGAAGAAGUGGCGGCAGUGGCACGUCCGUGAGUUUCUACUGCGCCCCGUGGCCCUCAACUCCACCUUCAGCAAUGGCACCAGCGGCCUCACCCACAGCACCAAGGCCAGCACCUCAGAGCAGAGCGGGGGCACCUGCAGGGCCAGUGUCAUCUGA